AGCAGGGUUGCGGCCCGGUCCGCCUCGGUAACGGCCCUUCGUUAGGCCGAGGGGGUUGUUCCUCACGGCCUGAGGGCAGCGGGCGGCUUUUUUGGGCUCCGGUUUUUGCUGUGGAAGUCACGGCUUCGGAUUGAGCUGGGGAGGAGUGUGCCAGCGGGAGUGGGGCUGAAGUUACCUUGCUUUUAAACCUGGAACAGCCGAAGCUUUGUUAAUCACCUCUGGAACUCGGCUACACCGGUGCCUGUGGGCCGGGCCCCUCCAGCGAAAUCCCACAGCGUGUUGGUAAAACGAGGAGGGUGCUUGGAGUGUCUCAGCCCAUCUUUUAGGGGUUUGGGGUUGGACUCUGAAGGUUUUCUUUGAAAGUGUAAAAACCAUCUGUUUGCCUCAUUGAAUAAAUGUUCUUACUUUAACAGUCAUUCCUGGCUCUGACAGUGAACAAAGUGAAGCAAUAUGUUAAUAUCACGGCUGACUUCCCCGUUAUUGAAGGCUUCACGAAUUACAGGCCGCCUUUUGUCAAGGUCAGUGUCUUCCUUUCUUUGCUAUCGGUCUACAUCUGUGCACUAUAGCACGCAGCCGUCUAACAAGAGUGGAGCCCAGCCUCAGCGGUGGUAUGCUCUGGACCCUGAACUGGAAGAGAUGCUGAUCCCCAGAAAACUUUCCAUCAGCCCCUUAGAAAGCUGGCUGACAGUUAGAUACUCCCUUCCUAACGCAGAAGUCCUUAAUGCUCAGGAAGAAGUGGGCUAUGAACCUCUCCAGCGAUAUGACUGUCCCCCAUCUGAUGAGGGAGCUGAUGUGGAGGAAGGAGAAGGGACGCUUAACAACAAGCUUCAGUGUAAGAACGUUUUGAAGAUUCGCAGAAGGAAAAUGAAUCGGCACAAGUUCAAAAAGCUGCUAAAGCGAAGAAAGUUUGUACGGAGGAGGAUAAAGGAAGGUCGCAAGAAGAAACGUCAGGUAAAAUUCGAGAAAGAUUUGGAGCGCAUCUGGAAAAGAGCUGGUUUGAAAAAUCCUCCUGCGGGAUGGCAAACACCCAAGAUAUUUCUGAAAAGUUCAAAGCGAUAAAAACACUUGUAAUGAGUCUUAACCUGUAAUUGUAAUUAAAAAAUAUUUAAGUA